CGUACCUGAGCUCGUCACUUUUGUUGCUGAUAAAGACGCAAUGCACGUAGCUUUUGAUAGCGGUAGAACGAUAUAAAUCAUUCAUCAAGGUCACAUUUCAACCGCAAGCGCACUUUAAAAUAUUUAAUUAUCUUUAGAUGGUAAAUCUGCAUUUCACACGAGGCUCUUUUUGAUAGUGAUGGACACUGAAAACAAAUGAUUUAAUUGGCUUCUAAUUCAUAUUCUACACAGCAGAAAAGGCUGCUGCUGCUCAGUAAAACAGAGGGAAAUCAGACGCCAUUUGCGCCCUUUAAUCACCUCAUAUUCAUAAACCUCAGUGUCAGAUAUUUAUUUAAACUUACUACAGCAGCCUCGGUUUAAUACGAGGCGAGCUUUAAGCAAAGCCCAGUGGAGUAUUUCCCUGUCACUGUAGCCUCAUGUGGUUGAAUGGUGCCUGACCCACAGGAAUCUCCUCCGCUCAACAGAAAAGCCUCUGAGUGGGAAGGAAAACCAGAACAGCUCCGAAAGGAGAGACGCGCGGCGCCUCAUCCAACCAGCGCCAGACCCGAGAAUCACUAACAGAGGGAAUUUAAACCGUUAAAGUGUCUGAGACCGAUCCAUCCACCGGUCUGUUCUGAAUUGGAGAUAUCACAUCCGAUCCCUGAUGAACACGGGGAGAAGUUAUUUGCGUGUGGAAGAGAAGAGUUCGCCUUCGCACGGGAGCAGAGCAAAUUGAGGUGCUGUGAGGAUCACCAGCGAGGAUGUUCGCGAAUCAUCUGAACUUUGAUUCAGUCUUCGAGGAGCAGUUUCGAACUGUUUUGCUUUUGUGAUUCUGGCGGAGAUUGAGAGCUCUCCCUCCGUGGACUUUGCUGAAGAAGUUGCUUCAGACUGAUUUUGAAUGACACAGACUUUCAGCACACUCUGGAUAAAGGACCAGAUACCAGCUGCUACUAGAGAUGCCUGCUUGUUUUACAGGAAUUUACUUUCUACUGACUCAACUACUCAUUUGUUCAGGGUCUCGUCUCCGCCAGGAAGACUUCCCUCCCCGGAUUGUAGAACACCCCUCUGAUUUAAUCGUGUCUAAAGGGGAGCCAGCCACACUCAACUGUAAGGCGGAGGGCCGUCCAUCCCCGACAGUGGAGUGGUACAAAGAUGGUGAGCGCGUUGAGACGGACCGAGACAACCCACGCUCCCAUCGUAUGCUGCUGCCCAGUGGAUCCCUUUUCUUUCUACGCAUCGUCCAUGGACGACGGAGCAAGCCAGACGAUGGCAGCUACGUCUGCGUGGCCCGAAACUAUCUGGGCCAGGCGAUCAGUCAUAAUGCAUCCCUGGAAGUAGCUAUUUUGCGGGAUGACUUCAGACAGAACCCUGUUGACGUCAUGGUAGCUGUUGGCGAGCCUGCGGUGCUGGAGUGCCAACCCCCUCGUGGACACCCCGAACCCACGAUUUCCUGGAGGAGAGAUGGCACCAACUUGGAUGACAGAGAUGAACGAAUCACAAUCCGGAGCGGCAAGCUUAUGAUCACCAACACCAGGAAGAGCGACGUGGGAAAGUACAUUUGCGUUGCCACUAACAUGGUGGGGGAGAGGGAGAGUGAGAUUGCAGUCCUCACGGUGCUGGAGCGGCCAACCUUUGUGAAGCGCCCCAGCAAUGUGGUGCUAUUGGCGGACGAGAGUGUGGAGUUCCACUGCAUUGUUCAAGGAGACCCUGUCCCCACCGUCCGCUGGAGGAAAGAUGAUUCUGACCUACCUAGGGGCAGAUUCAAAAUCCUGGAGGACCACACUCUGAUUGUUCGCCAGGUUGCCUCUUCAGAUGAGGGCUCCUAUACAUGUAUGGCAGAAAAUAUGGUUGGGAAGUCUGAAGCAUCUGCCACCCUCACUGUACACGUCUACACGGUGCCCCCUACCUUCGCCGUACGCCCCAGAAACCAGGUGGUGUCAGUGGGCAGGACAGUCACCUUCCAGUGUGAGGCCACCGGCAACCCGCAGCCGGCCAUCUUCUGGCAGAGGGAGGGCAGCGAGAGUCUUCUGUUUUCCUACCAGCCACCACAGCCCUUCAGCCGUCUGUCUGUCUCCCAAAUGGGCAGUUUAACCAUUACAGACGUUCAGCGCCCUGACGUCGGCUUCUACAUCUGCCAGGCUCUCAACAUAGCUGGCAGUGUCAUUACUAAAGCUCUGCUAGAAGUUACAGAUGCUGGAUCAGACCACCCCCCUCCUGUCAUCAGGCAGGGUCCUGUCAAUCAGAGUGUUCCUGUAGACAGCACAGUAGUACUGGGUUGCCAAACUGUUGGCGCUCCGCCUCCCGCUGUCCACUGGAAGAAGGAUGGCACAGUGGUCUCUCCAGUGGACUCUCGGGUGUCCCUAAUGGAAACAGGGUCACUGAAAAUUCACUAUGCCAAGCUGGGGGAUACAGGAUUCUACACAUGUGUUGCUUCUAGUCCCAGUGGAGAGGCUUCCUGGACUGCAUAUCUGCAAGUAGAAGAAUUUGGUGUUGUCGUCCAGUCUGGUCAUCCCGAAGAUUCUAACCUGAUUCCUGGUGCUCCAUCUAAACCUGACGUUUCUAACGUCAGCCGUACAUCUGUCACACUGUCAUGGAAGUCCAGCCCCAAUCCUGGUGGAUCGCUUUCAUCCUACUUAAUUGAAGCAUUCAGUUAUACAUUAGGGAACAGAUGGGUGACCUUAGCAGAGCAUGUGAAGACAGAGUUCUAUGUUCUGACCAACCUGAAGCCUGGAGCUGUUUAUCUCUUCAUGGUCAGAGCCAUGAAUGUUUAUGGCCUUAGUGAUCCUAGUCCAAUCUCUGACUCAGUAAGAACACAAGACAGCUCCUCCACCAUGCAGGGGGUGGACCACCGUCACAUCCAGAGAGAACUGGGGGAUGUUGUGAUCCACCUACACAUGCCAACAGUCCUGUCAUCUUCAACUGUCAAGGUGCAGUGGAUGGUCGAACAGCAGUCCCCUUACAUCCAGGGUUACAAGGUGCUUUACAGGGUGUCUGUUGAGCACGGGCAGCCAGAAUCGCACUGGACUAUUCUGGAGGUGCGUGCCCUGCCAGAAGACGGGGUGGUGAUCAGUCAGCUAAAGAAGGGAUGCAUCUACGAGUUCAAAGUGCGACCUUUCUUUGAUGAGUUCCAAGGAGCUGACAGUGAGGUGAAGGUGGUCAGGACAUUGGAAGAAGCCCCGAGAAGAGCCCCCCAGGGUGUUACAGUCACAAAGAGCGAUGCCAAUGGGACUGCCAUCCUUGUUUCCUGGAAGCCACCUCAAGAGGCAGGAGAGGACGGAAUUAUUCAGGAAUACAAGAUCUGGUGCCUGGGUAAUGAAAGCCGCUACCAUGUGAAUCAGUCGGUGGAUAGCUCAACCUUCUCUGUGCUCAUUCCCAGUCUGGCUCCAGGAAUACGCUAUAGUGUAGAAGUAGCGGCAAGCAAUGGUGCUGGGCCCGGAGUCAAGAGUGACGUAGCCUUCUUUCAAUUAGAUUCUGCAGGCCAGAUGAUGGACGUUAGUGACAAAAGAGGCACUUUAUCACAGAUCUCAGAGGUGGUGAAGCAGCCAGCUUUUAUCGCAGGCAUUGGCGCCACUUGCUGGCUGAUCCUCAUGAUUUUCAGUGUGUGGCUCUACCGUCACCGUAAGAAGAGGAGUGGUGUCAGCAGCACAUACACGGGCAUCCGGAAGGUCCCAUCUUUUACCUUUACACCUACAGUGGCAUAUCAAAGAGGGGAUUCUGUGUGCGGCGCUGGCAGACCUGUCCCUCUCAGCAUGGGUGAGCCUCUAAACCAGCUCUGGCUGCCAGACAACUGGCCAAAUGCAAGUGCCAAUCAUAAAGACUGCAGCAUCAACUGCUGUAAUAAUGGCAAUGGCACGAGUGACAGUAACAUGACAACAUACAGCCAGCCAGCUGACUGCAUCGCCAACUAUGGAAGCCAUCCCGAAAACAAACAAGGCGGACAGCUUGGUUCUGAGACCCCCAUAUACAGUGAUGUGAACCUUUCCAACAAGCUCACUGAGAUUAAAACAUUCAACAACUCCAACUUUUGCUAUGCAAGCCCAGGAGGAGAUUCGUCAGGCACAUAUGAGCCCAUACCAUAUGCCACCACACAGCUCAUUCAGGCCAACAUUAAGAACAAGGUGGCUGCUGGUGGCUGUGCAGCUGAGUGUCUGGAUAUACCCUGCUGGAAACAGCCCCCCAACCUGCCUCCGAUACCCAAGGAGAUGGCAGCAUUGAUGCAGCAUAGCACAACUAAGCAGAACUCUAACGAUCUGCAGGGAAGCGAGGGUAUGAUCCACCCGAAAACCAUACCAUACAACCGGACCCGCAACCACAGCACAGGAGGCUCCCACCAGAGUUCAGACAAAGGCAGCAACAGCACCUCAGGGAGUCAAAAUCAAAAGAAAGGAAUGCGGCCCCAAAAGAUUCCCAAACACAAUGCUGUGAGCUGGGGGGAUGCUUUGUCUGAUCCUCAUCCUAAUGUCUGGGACUGUGAUGCGUAUAGUCUGCCCAUGGAGAGGAGCUUUGAUCCAGAGGAGAGAAUCAACAGCUGCCCCACUCCACCAGUCAGAGGAGCAGCUUCAUCUGCUACUGAAGUGCCCUGCUUGCCUGCCACUCCAUCACAGGAAGACCUUAGUAACGGCCAGCAGGAUGGAGCUGAACACUUCACCCACACCUACUGCUCAAUACUGGACACAGAUGGACCGGAGGAGAAUGAGGAGCAGGUUGACGAGGAGACAGAGACUGAACUGUCGGAAAAUCUCUACAGCCGAUCCCAGCACCACCUGAAGCACAAACAUCAGCCGUACCACAUCUCUCCGCACAAGCUGCUCCUGCAAGGUCUGGAGCAGACCCCAGCCUCCAGCACGGGGGACCUGGACAGAUCGGUCACGGGGUCCAUGGUUAACAGCUGGGGCUCUGCGUCGGAGGACAACAUCUCAUCGGGCAGGUCCAGUGUUGUCAGCACCUCAGAGGGAUCCUUCUUCACGGAUGGUGAUUUUAACCAGGCAGUUGCCUCUUCAAGGGAUAUUGUAGGCCUGCGCAUGGGCAGGCACUCAGAGGUGCCAGGUCAGCGGCACCAGCGAGCAAGCAGCCCCAUGUCAACGGACAGCAACAUGAGUCCUGCAGUAACACAUAAAAGGCCCAGACGCCAUAAACCAAACCAGUCUGGACAACAGGACUAUCAAUCCAAAGAUAUCUUCAGUGAUGACUCUUGCAUGCCUCUAAAUUUCACAAGCCAGACGUCCCAUGGUGACCACAAAGUGAGGGGGGCAACUCUGCCACGGAUGGGCUCUGGGCAGGGCCGGUGCAGACGAGGCAGCACCGGGACUCACAGGGUCAGAGAUGGAGCACUUGAGCAGAGAGAGAGUCAGGAAAUGGACAAGAUUCAACAAGGGGCUAAAGGAAACAACAAAAACCGACAGCAUUCAGAAUUUGGGGACGUACUUUUGUACAGUCGUCCGUCUUUUCUAUCAGGUCAGGCUCAGAGGGAGUCGGGCUGUAAUUCAUCAAACCUUCAGUCAUGUGGAGGCUCAAGGACCAAACAGGAAGAGCAGGUCACCCUCACAGAACAGGCGGAAGAGUUUCUAAAAACUUAAGAAGCUUUGGAAGCACAGGAUGAAAAUACUGCAGUGAUCUCCAAGGACUAUGGCUUUUAAAACAUGGACAUAAACUCUUAAAAUACUGCACAACAUCCUUUUUUUACUUUUAAUUUCUUAUUCGGUGUUAAACGAUUGCUCUCAUAUUAAAUGGUGGACUUUUUUUGAUUAUGACCAGCAUUCAGGUUCCUGAACAGCUGAAAAUAUAUUGAGUGCACAUUUGAUGUCGGAUAUCAGCGCAUACAAAAGUGUUGCUCGUGGCGACUGCUCGACGCGGUUUGUGUGAUGUUUGUUUGUUUGUUUGUUGUCUUGUUCUUUCUUUGUUACUAAACUACAGUCAUUACCAGCCAUCUUGUAAAUUGUUUACUGCCACAGAAGUGCUUCAGAAUUUUAUAUAAUAGUGUUGUUUUUUUCAAGUGAUGUACAUUUUGUCUCUGUAUUAUAUGUCCUACUUUGGUUAUAAAAGCACAAUCACUUAAUUUUAUUUGAAUUCAGUGUUGAAUGAAUUUUAGACAGGAGGAAAUCAGCUGUCGGAGUCUUGUUAAUCAUUUUUAUCACUUUAUGUCAGGCUGAGAAAAAGAUUUAAUAAUUGUGAUGUGCAGUGAGUUGUGUACUUUUGAGCUGCUUUCAUUCAAAAUUGAGCUAUCUCUGUUGUGUGUACUGGGAGAAUUGCAUGCAGAUUUCGAAACAAAGGACUUUUUUUCUAAACAUCUUACAUGCUUUGCCCUUUAUUUGGGAUUAUAAAAAAGAAUGGUCAUGGACUGGUUCCAUUUCUUGUUUCUCAAUGCUGAGUUAAGUAUAACUCUGUAUUUGCUUAGCUUUGGCAACAAAUUAGAGAAGUCCUUGACAAUAAAUCACCAAGUUACAAAGGAAAAAUGCCUUACAAACAUAAAUAACUCACAUCUGCAGAUAAUUAAACUGUGAAUGUUGGUUUAACAUUUGUUCAAUAAUGUUAAUAUUAAAUACAUUAUUCUUA